AUGGAGGAUGAAGAAAGGUUAAAUGAAUCCAAGGUUGAUAUGGUAUUUCAAUCCAAAGAAGAAGUUUUUACAUUUUAUACAAAUUAUGCAAAGAAAAAGGGAUUUGGUGUAGAAAUGAGAAGCUCAAAGCGCAGAGAUGAUGGAAAUUUUAAGUAUUUCACUUUUGCAUGUGCUAAAGCACAUAAAAAAGAAUCAACAAGUAAAAAUUUGUUAUCGUCAAAGCUCUCAACAAAAACAAGAUGUCAAGCUAAAAUAAGAUGCAAAAGGUGUGAAGAUGAGAGUUUUAAGAUAACAAUCGUUGAGCUUAGUCAUGAUCAUGAUUUGAGUCCAGGGAAAGCACUUCAUUUGAGAUGUCAUAGGAAGAUAAAUGAGCAAGUGAAAAGGAGACUUGAUAUAAAUGAUCAAGCAGGUAUUGCUCCAAACAAGAACUUUCGCUCUCUUGUUGUAGACGCAGGAGGUUAUGAGAAUGUCACGUUUAAUGAAAUGGAUUGUCGCAAUUAUAUUGAUGAACUGAGAAGGAAAAAGGCUUGGUGUAGGGGAUGUAGAAGCCGACGCCAUCUGAAAGCCAUUAUUACAGAUCAAUGUAAGGCCAUGCAAAAUGCUAUUGCGAUUGUAUUUCCAAAUACAAAGCAUAGGUGGUGUUUAUGGCAUAUCAUGAAAAAGCUUCUUGAAAAGUUGAGGGGAUAUUCUAAUUAUGAAGAAAUCAAGGAAGCCUUGCAAAGUGUUGUUUAUGAUUCUUUAAAUGAAAAUGAGUUUGAAAAUGGAUGGUCACUAUUGAUUGACACAUUUGAUCUCAAUGAGAAUGAUUGUUUUGUGUAUGAAGUUGUAGAAGAUGUAAAAGUUCGAGACAAAAGAAGAGAUGUUAAGUUCAUGGUUGCUUUCAAUGAAGUUGAGUGUGAAGCCAAAUGCAAUUGCCACUUGUUUGAAUUCAGGGGAAUUUUAUGUAGACAUGCUCUUUUGGUGCUCAUCUUAAGAAAGAUGAGUGAAAUCUCUUCUAGAUACAUUUUGUCUCGAUGGAGAAAAGAUUUGAAACGUGGAUAUACUUGUAUUAGAAGUAGUUAUAAUUUGUCUUGUAAAGAAACUCAAAGAUGUGGACAAAUGUGUGAUGCAUUUCGUGAGGUUGCUAUUAUUGCCGCAAGUGAAGAGGAAAAAUAUAAACGUGUGAUGGAUGUCAUAGAAGAGCUAAAAUCAUCGCUCAUGAAUGGUGAAGUAAUUAAUAGCACCACACAAGCAUCAUGUUUACCACACGAUAAUGAAGUUAACAAGCAAAAUAUGUCAAGUGGUGCAAAUGAGGUUUUAAGCCCUUUAGUUACUAGAAGAAAAGGUAGUCCUCCAACUAAAAGAAGAGUUUCAAGAUUGGAACAAGUGGUGGAAAGUCUUAAAAUGAAAAAGAAAAGGAAACAAAUUGAAGAGAAGGAUCCAAAGAAAUCAUGA